AUGUCUUCCGAAAAGCCUCUCGGCCCCUUCAAGCUCGUCACCGUCAACACGGCUCCUGAACGAGCGUACAGACUUGUUGGCCGCGUGGUCGAGAAUGUAAAGAACAAAUACACCAUCAUCCACGCCGGGAACGCGGAAAACAUAGAGAGCGUCAAGGCAGUCGUUGAAGAGGCCAAGCCAGAUAUUCUGUUCACGGCGUCGAUGUGGACGCCAGAGGAGAGUCAAAAGAUCAUUGGGAUUGCGAAGGAAGUUGUGCCUGAUUUGCGCACGUUUUCGCUGCCGCAGGGUCUGCAGGUUGAGCGGGGGCCGGAUGCGGUGGUGGAGUAUAUUGAGGAGCAUUUGCCGGGUUUGCUCGAGGCGUAG